AUGACGUCCAAGAGCGCGGACCCCUUCUACUGGAUGCGAGUCAUCCUGGCCUCCAACAGGGGUACGCUGAUGGAGCUGGGGAUAUCUCCCAUUGUGACGUCGGGCUGGGUGAUGCAGCUCCUCGCAGGCUCCCGGGUCAUCGAGGUAGACCACAGCCUCAAGGAGGACAGGAACCUCUUUUUCGGGGCGCAGAAGCUCUUCGGCCUGCUGAUCACCCUCGGAGAGGCAUUCGCCUACGUGGUGAGCGGCAUGUACGGCCCCCCCGCCGAGCUCGGUUUCGGGAACUGUUUGCUGAUCAUCCUGCAGCUCUUCUUUGCAGGCGUGAUUGCCAUCCUCUUGGACGAGCUGCUGUGGAAAGGCUAUGGCCUCGGUUCCGGCAUAUCGCUUUUCAUCGCGACCAACAUAUGCGAGAUCAUCGUGUGGAAGGCCUUCAGCCCAACGACCAUCAACACGGGAAAGGGCACGGAGUUCGAGGGGGCCAUCAUCGCGCUCUUCCACCUCAUGAUAUCGAAGACCGACAAGGUAGUGGCGUUGAAGGAGGCCUUCUACAGGCAGACGGCCCCAAACCUCACGAAUCUGUUGGCCACGCUGUUUAUAUUCUUCGCGGUGAUCUACUUCCAGGGAUUUCAGGCGGGACGCCCCCUUCCUCCUCAGCCGCCUUCAGAAGAAGAAGGAGGAUGGAGCAGGGUUCGGAUGCAACUCCUGGGAGGUCAAAUUCUGAAUUUGCCCUGGUCCCAGAUGCGGCUGAAUCCUCAGCAAUUCCGCUUAGUCCGGCUUCAUCCCGCUCCAUGCGCGGCUUAA